UCUGGGUGGGAGACAGGUUUCUUUUUCACCAGCUCCCAUCUGCCCGCUGAGAAAAGGCACGAACACAAGCGACACGGAAGCGCUGACAUUUGGCAGCAGCCUCCUCCCCUGGCGUCUGAGGCAAGCCGGGAGGGCGCAGGGCUGGGUCGGGAGACGGCGAGUGAGCAGGUGGCGGGAGGCUGUGCUCAACCCCAGGUCGGGCUUUACUGGUGGAGUUUCAGGCACAGUCAUGAGAUUUCAGAUCGUGAGUGGGAACUUCAGGACCCCCUGACUUCAACGGCAGAACUGGUCUCCCGCUUCACCCACACCUGCAAGUCUGGUCGGCCCCUGACCGGCCACGGGUCCUGCUCUCCUAUGGCCCGGAAGCCUCACCCGCCUCCUGCCUCCUCCCCAGGCCAGGCAGGUUGUGAUGACGAGAAAUCGAGAGGCUCACAGCUGGGGAUUUCCCUGCCCAGCAGGCGCCAGCUCCGGCCUCAUCAGCGGAGACUUCCUGCUCUGUCCCAGCCGUGUCUUGUCCGCAUCUCGCCCCGAGGAGCAGGUGUGCAGUUCCUGAGUGACGCGAGGCACACAGGGCCGUCCUGACCUCGCUCCACCCGCUUCACAGCGGCAGCCUGGGUCGGGAGAGAGGGCAGCGAUUCCUCCCGCGAUGCCCUGGCCUUGGAGAAAGGCAGCCCGGGCAGUCGCUGGGAGAAUACAUGGAGAUGACAAAAGCAAUCACAGCUAAGAGCUGACAUUGUUUACUGAGUGCUUGCCAUGCCCUGGGCCUUGUUCUGGCCCUUUCUACUGGCACUUGUUGAAGCCUCACGAUAACCUUGCAAAAUGGGUUUAUGAAGCACGUUUCACAGAUGAGGAGACUGAGGCUCGGAGAAAUGACCUGCCAGGCUCAUUCAGCCGGGAAGGGGAUGAGGCUGACACUGAGGGUCAUGAUGGGUGACUGUUGGUGGAAAGUAUUAAAUGGGGAAUUCUGUUCCCGAGAGACCUGAUCCCAGGAACCGACUUUUGAGAAGUGCCAAGUCUUGGAGCUGGCGGUGCUGAGGUCAACCAGGCCAGGCCCGGGCUGUGGUGUUCCCUCCCAGGGGACAGAGCAGAGCACUUGGCCCUUCACUAAGCCCUCCCGCCUCUGUGAUCUCUUUGGCUCUUCACGGCAGCCUUGGAAAGUAGGUGUUAAGAUUCCCAUUUCCUAGUUGGGAAAACUGAGGCCUGAGAUGGGAAGUUCCUGCCCAGCAUGGAAUGCCAGAGAGGGAGGAGUUGGACCCAUUACUUCAACCUUGGCACCUGCAGCCUCCCCUGCCCUUUCCCCGGUGGGGGUGAGGCUGCUGUGUGGGUGUGGGGGUGACUCACACGGGCCACGUGGGCGGCCGGGCGGGCAAUGCAGCUGUGGCUGGUGGGCGUGGCCUGCCUGGCGCCGAGGGCAGGUGGCCCAGCCAGUUCUGCCUCUGAUGCCUCAUUCCAGCCAUCCCUCUGCCUGCAAUGAGAGCUUUCCACCGCCUCAGCCACGGUCCCACCCAGGGACCUUGGGCCCCAGACAUGCGGUGAUCUCAGAGCAAGGGUUGCCACGACCACUCAGAACCUCACCAGCCAUGAAUGCCCACCCCAAGGAGACGGUGCCUCUCAUGGGCAAGAGAGUUGCCGCCCCCAGUGGGAACCCUGCCAUCCUGCCAGAGAAGAGGGCGGCGGAGAUCACCCCCACAAAGAAGAGUGCACACUUCUUCCUGGAGAUAGAAGGGUUUGAGCCCAACCCUGCGGUUGCCAAGACCUCUCCCCCUGUCUUCUCCAAGCCCAUGGAUUCCAACAUCCGGCAGUGCAUCUCUGGCAACUGUGAUGACAUGGACUCCCCCAGUCUCCUCCAGAGUGAUGUGACAGAGACCCCAUGUUAACAGCCCGGGUAAGUCUGCCCCUCCUCCCCACUUGCACACCUGGCCAAGGAAGAGCAGAGGAGGAAAAAGAGGCGGCUGAAGAAGCGCAUCUUUGCAACCGUGUCUGAGGCUGCGUGGAGGAGCCUGGUGGAGCUGCUGGUGGAGCUGCAGGAGCUUUGCAGACGAGCGCCGUAGCGGAUGCCUGCGCCUGCUCCGUCCCCGUCCCUGCCUGCGAACUUCCUCAUGCACAAGCUGGCGACCCUCCGACGGGGGAAGACCUGCCUGAUGAAGGCCUUGUUAAACAUCAACCCCAACACCGAGGAGAUCGUGCGGGUCCUGCUUGCCUGCGAAGAGAGCGACAUCCUGGGCGGGUUCAUCAAUGGUACAGAAGAGGCCUACGAAGGGCAGACGGCGCUGAACAUCGCCAUCGAGCGGCGCGGGAACAUCGCGGCCGUGCUCAUCGCCGCCGGCGCCGACGUCAACGCCCGCCAGGGCGCGCUUCUUACCCCCAAGUACCAACACGAAGGCUUCUGCUUCGGUGAGACGCCCCUGGCCCUGGCAGCCUGCACCAACCAGCCGAGAUGUGCAGCUGCUGAUGGACCCGCGACACAGACGGACAUCACUCGCAGGACUCGCGGGGCAACAACAUCACUCCACGCCCUGGUGACCGUGGCCGAGGACUUCAAGGCGAAUGACUUUGUGAAGCGCGCCAUCGACGCAGUCUACUGCGGAGUGGCAACUGGGAGCUGGGGGCCACUGCAUAUGCUUGAUGGCCUCACGCCGCUGCAGCUGGCAGCCAAGAUGGGCAAGGCCGAGAUCCUGAAGUACAUCCUCAGUCGUGAGAUCAAGGAGAAGCGGCUCGAAGACCUCAGGAAGUUCACUGACUGGGCGUACGAGCCCGUGUCGUCCUCCGACCUCACCAGCGUGGACACCACCACGGACAACUCCGUGCUGGAAAUCACCGUCUACAACACCAACAUCGACAACCGGCAUGAGAUGCUGACCCUGGAGCAGCUGCAGCUGCUGCGGAUGAAGUGGAAGAAAUUUGCCAAGUACAUGUUCUUUCUGUCCUUCUGCUUUUAUUUCUUCUACAGCAUCACUGACCCUAAAUACUCGUACUACCGCCCGGGAGAAAGGGAGUAAUCCCUCCCGCACCCCUUGGCCCCUGACACAAGAUGGGAGUGGCUGCAGCUCCUCAGGAGGAUGUUCGUACUCAUCUGAGCCCAGCCAUCUCCGUGAAAGGGGCUUGUUGCCAUCUUCCUGCUGAGACCCUGGAUCUGCAGUCAUCCUCUCCCGGAUGCCUGGUUUCACUUUGUCUUUUUUAUCCAAGCUGUUGCCGUGAUACUGUCUGUCUUCUUGUACUUGUUUUGCCUACAAAAGAGUGCACCCGCCUGCCUCGUGCUGGCCAUGGCCUGAGCUGGGCGGAGCAUGCUCUACUGCACGGGGUUUGAUCCAUGGGCAUGCAGCGUCAUGAUCCAGAGGUGCGUCAUUUUGCAUGAUGUUUUGAAGUUCUUGUUCGUAUAUAUCGUUUUUUUGCUUGGAUUUGGAGUAGCCCUGGCCUCACUGAUCGAAGUGUCCCAAAGACAAGCAAAGGACUGCAGCUCCUACGGCAGCUUCAGCGGGGUGCUGGAACUGUUCAAGCUCACCAUUGGCCUGGGUGACCUGAACAUCCAGCAGAACUCCAAGUAUCCCAUUCACUGUUUCCUGCUCAUCACCUACGUCAUCCUCACCUUCGUUCUGCUCCUCAACAUGCUCAUUGCCCUGAUGAGCGAGACUGUGGAGAACGUCUCCAGGAAGCGGCGUAUCAGGCGCCUGCAGAGAGCCAGGACCAUCUUGGAGUUUGAGAAAAUGUUACCAGAAUGGCUGAGGAGCAGAUUCGGAUGGGAGAGAGCUGUGCAGAGUGGCCGAGAAGAUUUCAGGCUGUGUUUGCGGAUCAAUGAGGUGAAGUGGACUGGAUGGAAGACACACGUCUCCUUCCUUAACGAAGACCGGGGGCCUGUCAGACGGGCAGAUUUCAACAAAAUCCAAGAUUCUUCCAGGAACAACAGCAAAACCACUCUCAAUGCCUUUGAAAGCUAGGAUUUCCCGGAGACGUCGGUGUAG